UAGCCCGGUGGUGGGGCGGACAACACACGGGUCAUACGCGGGAGGGAGGAACCGGAGGAAGGAAGGCCAAACCAAAUCGUGUGGUUGAUGCUGUUUGUCGAUGGUUGCCGUCGGCACACUGCCUAGUUGUGCUCGUCGCGAUUUUCGGGCAGGUAAAAGGUUCGUUUUUUUGCGUGGUGGAGCCGGGCGCGAGCGUGAAGUGAAGUUUCAUGUCGAGCACGAAGGUGGUGCGGAGGACCUCGCGGCUGUCGCCUGCGCGGCAGCAUUUUAAAUGAUCGGCGACGGGACGGGACGAGUGUCGUUGCACGUCGGAGACGGGAGGACACGCUCGGCAAGAUUUGCGCGUACAAAGGGGCGAGAAGAGCGAACCGAUGUUGUAACGUACGAGAGCCAGCAAGAUGGAAGAGCGUAGCGUACACGGCAGUAUCGGCGAUAUAAAUAGUGCGGAGGCGACCAGAACCUUAAUAAUACCACGUAAGAAGAGGAUAUGUUUAGUUGGUGCGACCUGCAAUGAUCCUGCACUUAAUGCUGCUGCCCAACAAUUCAAAGUGCCUGUACUCAAGUCUGAAACUGGUACAGAGUACAUUGAUGACACUACCUACAAUACUUAUUUUAUACUCAAACAAUUUGAAGGUCCCGAAUACGAUGGUUUAUGCAAGAGCGCUCAUAGAGUACUGGGACCUACGGCUCUGCUGCAACUGGCAGAGAAGAAAGAAUCCUUGCCCAGCAUUAAAAGACCAAUGUACACACAAGCUAUGGUAGGGACAAUAGUGGUAUUUAGCGGUUUUCGAGCUAAAGAGGAUGAAUUGCGCAAGUUAGCUAAUAUGAUUCUUAAUAUGGGCGGUAGCAUCCGAAAGGAGAUGGGUAUUAAAGUGACGCAUCUUAUUGCAAAUCACUGCAGUGGAGAGAAGUAUAGAUAUGCUGACACAUUUGGAUUGCCUAUCAUGUCGAUAGAAUGGGUGAUGGCAUUGUGGAAUGCCAAAGACGAUAUCUCCAUGUAUGCAAACAAAGAGGAGUUGAUAGCAACUUACAAGUUGAAGCCAUUUUACGGGGCAAAAGUAUGUUUCUCUGGUUUUCCCGAAGAAGAGAAGAAGCAUAUGUGUGAAGUUCUUGAGCAGCAGGGUGGUGAACCCACUGAGAUCGAUGAUCCGAGUUGCACCCAUGUUGUGGUAGAUAUACCCGGCCUUUUCUGCAAGAGAGCCAACAAUGUGGACUUGUAUCUUAAAAACACGUCCAACAGUUCACGUUCUUUAACGUGUAUUAAGCCAAUUUCCUUUUCUCUUUACAAUCCUUAUUCAAACGCGGUUUUUAACGCUAUAAAAACUUAUAAUAUAUCGAGUAACAUAUCGAGCUAUCCUUCGUCGAAAAACAAUUCGUUAAUCUCGCGCACACAGGGUGUAGAUUGUAAUCAAUGGAACGAUCUUGUUUCCAUAUAUGAUAUCAGUCAAGAUUCUGUUAUCAGUAUGAAUGAUAAAUGUCCCGCUUUACAAAAUUCAAUUAUUAAAUCCGAAAACUUAUUCCAUUCGUUCACCGAGCAAAGUGAUUCUGGCAUAGACAUAACUAGAUCAUCUACUUCGUCUUCAGCGAUUUCUAUGCCAAAUAAAUAUUCAGUUCCAACAACAUCGACAUUGAUGAGCAAUAAAAACGUUAAAUUCCAUAUUUCCGAAAGUUCUUUGUUCGAUAACGAAAUAUCUUGUGAAAGUACGUUUAACUUUUCUGAUAAACCAGAUGAUUUAAAAUCGCCGAAAUCUUACGAGAAAAAUAACGAAUAUAAUCCUUGCGCGUCGCUAACGAGCAAUAAUGCAUUAUCUUUGAAAUACCGUAAAAAUAUUCAUUACGUACAGAAUAAUACAUCGAAAAGUAAAAUAAUUCCUAAACGAUAUAUAAAAUGGCGAAAAACUAAUUCUUGCACAUUUAUUCAUAAAAUGACGACAAUUGAAAAGUAUAAAUUCACGAAGACGCGCUCGUAUCCGAAUAUAUCGAAGCGUGAGGAACAGUAUAGCGAUACCUUUUUACAGAAUGCGUUAGAUGAAAGUAAUAAGCGUUUAUCCAAAUCAUACACAUCUAUUUUCUCGAAAAUCAGCCAAUUCUCUUUCUGUCCAAUAUUUUCUAACAGUAAGCAAGAUAUUUCCGUCAAUUCGCGCUGUUGUCCUCCUGAGAAAACUCUUUUCAAAAAGAAAUACACAUCUUUAUCCAAGUCUUUCCCAAUGCCUUCAAAAAUGUCGAAUACUAAACACAGCUCACGAAACAUUUCUAUAUUUGAUGGAAAAAGUAACGUACCGUCUGCAUCACACGAUGUGAAAACCGAAUGUACAGAUUUGAAGACGCAGAAGGAUAAAUCAUUACACGUGGUCGUAGAUGAGUCCAAUGUAAAUGUUCUACCAAAUUUAGUUUCAGUAUCUGCUUUCAUAGUCAAAACCGGUUGGUUUUGGACAUCUGUACAGAAUGAGGCAGCCGCUGAUGAGAAAGAGUAUCUAUUUGAACAUUAUCUAGAAAAAGUUCUGUCCCCUACUGCGACGGGUAGACGAGACAGUGAACAGAUACCACAGAAUGUGACAUUGUCAAAGCAUCCCUGUUGGUUAGGCGGUACAUUUUCUAAUUUGUUACAAAAUGGAGCGGAUUCGCCAGCCAGUGUCAGUGGAAGCUUUCUGGACUGCACAGCAAGUCCAGAUAAAUUACUAGACGAUAUUCCAGAGGUGGAAGCUGUUGAUACAGAACAUUUACUGAUAGUUAAAGAAAACUUGUCGCAACGUCAUAAAGUAUUUCUCGAAUUAGUACAGACUGAAUCCAAUUACGUAGGCAUCCUUAACACCAUUAUGACGCUCUUCAAAUUGCCAUUGGAAAAUCUCAUUGGCAAAAGUGGAAAAGAGUUGCUAAACAGCACUGAAGUAAAAAUCAUAUUCGGCAAUUUCCCACCUAUUUAUGACGUUCAUAAACAGCUGUUGGAGGCAUUGCGUUGUAGUGCCGCUCAUUGGACGGAGGAUAUCAGCAUAGGCGAGAUAUUUCUAAAGUUCGAACCAGAUUUGGUUAAAGCGUAUCCCCCAUACGUCAACUUCUUCGAAAAUACAAAACAAAUGUUGGAAGAGUGUGAUCAAAAUAAGCCAAGAUUUCACGCCUUUUUAAAAAAUUGUCAGACAAUACCGGAAUGCGGUAGACAAAGCUUAAAGGACCUGUUAAUUAAACCAAUACAAAGGUUACCCAGUAUUAGUUUACUAUUAAGCGAAAUUCUUAAACAUACGGACAGAAGUAAUCCAGACUAUAGUGCGCUGGAAGCUGCUCGUAACAGUAUUGAUAAAGUGAAUACGUACAUAAAUGAGGACAAAAGGAAAACGGAGCGGCAAUUAGCAAUGUUCGAUAUCUUCAAUGAGAUCGAUAAUUGCCCGCCACAUCUAGUUUCCUCGCAUAGAUCAUUUAUCAGUAAAUGUGACGUAAUGGAAGUUACGGAAGGUCUUAGCGGACGUGGCGAUCACUUAGUAUUAUUCCUCUUCACCGAUACUCUCGAAAUUUGCAAGAAGAGAUCGAAAGCUUUUAACUCGUUGAAGAGCCCUAAUACUAUAAAUGGCUUGCAAUCGAUCAAACUUAGCCAGGGAAAGCCGUAUAAACAUAUAAAAAUGUUGUCUCUAAGUACCAUAAGAAAAGUCGUGGAUAUUCGAGAAACUGAUGAAUGUCACAAAGUAUUUGCGCUCGUGGUAAGAGGUACUCAGGAACUGAAGGAAAAGUUCUUUUCGUUUGUAAUUACUGAUGAGGAAGUAAACAAAACGAAUUAUCUACAGACUUUAUGUAGGCAAAUGGCCCUUGCUAUCCGUGUAGCCGAUGCUGAUACGUUACUCAUUAGAUACGAUUCGCAUCAACUUGAAGUUGGUACUAGCGAUGUGGCAUCAGGAACAUUAAAGAAAACAAUUAAGAGCCUAUUUCAUAAUUUUUACCUGGAGUAUAUGGACCCGUAUGUCUUCCUACUCAAUAGCAUGUGUGAAACCACGUUACAUGUCCCACUACCGUUUGCGUCUCGUACAAGAGCGAGAGUUGGCCGAGCGUUUAGUUUCAAUAAAACACCAAGCAAACUAAAUAGAGCAAUGUCUACGAUUAUGUCCCCGUUUGGAGUAACACAAAAUCAUCCACCGACAAACCAACAAAUAGCUCAGAUGCGGCUAGGUAGUUGCAACAACAUCAGCGAGCUGGAUAAUGGUGGUUCAAGUUCUCCAAAUCGAGAGGAUGUUCUAGUUGCGCCGAUGUCAGAUCAACCGACUCGAAAGGCUCUCAGCAUGGCUUCGCUGCGAAGGUUGUAAUUAGUAUGCAACAAGUCAUACUUCCUUUUGCUACAGUCGUUUAGUAUUCUGAACAAAGAGACGUGCAUUUUUAACAAACCACUAUGGUAUGUUAAACUAAUAUAUAUCGUCAAUAGUGAUUAAGACAUUAAUUAUAUCAAUAUCGGAGAAGGCCCGAAGACGUGCUGUAACAUUUUUACCCAUCACACUUCUGUGUUUUAAAUAAUUAUAAUUACUUCAUUUCCCCAUUAUUACUGUUUUUAUAAUAAGAAUUCAGUACAAUUUCCUGAAUACCGCCUUAGCCUCGGAUACAUCAUUAUAAAAAUGAUAUUACUGUUAUUAGUGCCAAUAAUGUCUAGUUAUUGUUAUAUUACCAUUAUUAAUAUCAUUUAUUUAUUUUAUGUAUUAUCUCUUUGUAAUUAUUGUAUAUGCCUUCUUAGCUUCCGCACUUAUUCGCCGAUAAAAUACGAUUUAAAAAAUCGUCUUUUUAUAAAAAUACAAUUCGCUCUUUGUCGAGUCGAGUCAAUUAAAUUAUUCUAAGAAAUAUACCGUCAAAUUAUCCACUGAUUCGGAGAUACUUUUUCGGACUUUCUAAUCAUUAUUUUAACGACAAAUAAAGCCAGACUUAUAUCGAUAGACACUGCAGGCAUGUGCAAAACCUUUCUUAAUAAAUGUAUCGAUAAUUUGUAAAAAAAAAUAGCAUUAAUGUCUCGUUAAUAUAUCCCAUUGCAUUCGCAAUCUCAAUGCAAAAAAAUAGGAAAAGCAUUUGUUUUUCAUUUUUAAAGUGAAUUAAGCAAGUAUGCUAAAACUUUAAUCACAGCAUGAAAUAAAUAUUCAACUAAUAAGAAUAAUAAUUUAUUGUAUUUAAGUUUUUGACAUCAAAAUUUUCUGCAAUUUCAACUUUACUUACUAUCUUUUUCAUUUUUGUUUUUCUAUUUAUUAGAAUUUGUUCAGCGGGAAUCAUACAGAAGAGGUCUGAUCUUUGAGCUAUAAAAAAAUUUACAUGCGGCUUAAUUUCACUUUAAUCGAUUUUAUCAACGAAGCAAUAGAUUUUUUAAUAACACUUAAAAAUAUUCAUAUUUCAAGAAUUAAGUUUUGGAAUAAAGUCUGGCGUAUGUGUGAAAAAUAUUAAAAUCCAAAAAUGAGAACAUUGUUAAAUACUAAUGAUCGAAUGCAUACCUGCUAUGUGCCAAUAUAGUCAAUAUAUUUAAUCAACAAAAAUAAUGUCGACCGUUAUGAAUUUGAUAGGUUUUGCUAAGAUAAUAUUAUAUUUCAAUGACCUGUGAUUUGAUUGGGUUUAUCACGAGGAGAGACAAUGCAAUUUACUAAUUUUAAUACGUCCAAAAUUUAUUGAAGAUAAAUCGCACAAAAAAAAAUAGAAAUUCCACAAUUUUAUAACGUUAAUAUGGAAUUGAAAUAAGAACUGAUACGUAAAAUUGUACUAUUUCAUAAAUGUUUAUACAAUUUUGUAUCUUUGUACUUUUUUCAUAAUUUUGCAUAAUUAACUAUAUCGGGAAAAAUGAAUAAUUGCCAAUGUUAAAAAUAUUAUUGAAGGUAGGGACUUGGAGAUAAGGAGAUAAACAACGAGAAAAAUAUUGCUCUUUUCUGUAUAGUUAACGACAUAAUUAUAAGACAUACAUAUAAGAGAAAAUAAUAGUGCACUAAAUACAAUCAAUAAUAUUCUUAAUAUGCAAACUAUAUCUUCGUUCUAGAAUUCUCUGUGCUUCGAUAAUUAUUUACUUCGCUAUUAUAUAAUCAAAUGAAUUUUUUUCAAUCACCAAGUUUGCAUAAAUUCUUUAUAUAAUUGAUACAUAUAAAAGCAACCGACUUGUUUUUUUUAUAGCAUUAAUUAUUCAUUUUUAUGCUUAGUUUGUGAGAUUUUUCUAAUUGCACAGGCUCUAAAACGUCAUUCAUUAUCUAUUAAUUCAACAACUGAUUCGAAGAAACAUUGCAUGUGAAUAAAAUUAUAUGUGAAAGAUAAUCACGAUAUGUAAUAUAAAUAUAUCGUAGCGAAAACGAUCACAACUGAUAAGCUCCUCUUUAAAGUUUAAUGCAUGAUAAAUCGAUUAGUUGAAGGAUUGCAAACGUACAUCAUUAUAAAUCUUAAAACUCUCAAGGCGCUCUAAGUGAGCAUUUUAUUUCUUAUACAUUAUACUAUUUUUUAUAAAUUUAAUUUCGUGCAACAUUAAUAGUUGCAGAAUUUGCGUUGCCUAAUACAGCAACAUCUUGCCAUUGUAAUUUUGUUCGUAAAAUUGUUUAGACAGGCCGUAAUAUGCGUAAGAUUGUUUUACGAAUGCAUCCACGUACACGUGUAUUCGCUAUUGUAUUGUAAUGCGAAUACGCCCAAGUAUUUCGUUUGGCCAUGAUUGUAUAUGUUCCAGCUCUAAGUAUUAGCAUUUUCUUGAUAGUCCAUCAUUUGAGGACUAACUAAAGUUUAUUUUCGAAUCGUUAAUACGAUGAAGUAAGAGAGGAAGAAUAAAUAUUUAGUUUAAUUACAAAAUAGUUGAUUAUUAUGAAAUGUACUUGGCGGAAAAUCUUAUAGGCAUAGAAUUAUUUCUUCUCAUUCCAGUCUUUUCUAGCUACUCUUUACUCGAUCAAUAUAUAAUACGGGGUCCUCCUGUCUGUUCUUUUUAUAGGAUGAUACUAGUGUUACCUCUUCUAAAGUAAUUAAACAAAACGCUGAGAGAGGAUUAGAGCUUUAAUAUUUUAUAACUUAGUACGGGAGCAACAUUUAAUUUCUUUUUUUUACAAGCAUUGCCACAUGUGAGUCACGAGACAAAUCUGACAAUGUGAUAUCGAUAUAUUUUUUUUGUAUCCGUUGCAUGUAUAUAUUGAUUGAUUAAAGAAAACCAGCGUGUGAAUCGCAUAAGACUGCAGAGAAAGUGAAGAAAUUUCGAUCACUGCUUAUAAGGGUUUAUACAGUUUCAUAUUACCGAUUAUAUUCUCUCUUGUCAUCUUAUAAUAUAAUUAGUGCCUUGAGUAUGAUAAUGAGUACGAAUAAAACUUGUACAAUGAAAUGUACUUUUUGUAUAUGUGCCUGAUUCGCGAAAGAGAUGAAUCGCGAGAUUUCUUCUCUCUCGAUUUCGUCUCUCAUAUAAUAUUUUGUGCCUCCUGAUUUAGACUAUUUAUUAAGAUUCCGACUUUGCGUACUACUCUGCCUUAUUUCAAAACCAGUGAGAGAUACGGUACCUUAUACUUUCUAAUAACGAAAUAUAAUAACGAGGACGUGCUUUCUAUCAAAUGCCAUUCGCGUGCAUACUCGAAAUAAAAGCACACUACCUAUUUAUAAUAAUAUUAAUUAUAUAAUAGUCAUUAAUCAUUAAAUAGAAUAGUGGUAUGAAUCACGGGAAAAAUAUAAAAAA